AUGGCUAUUGCUGAUAUCAAAUGUCUUACCAACCUUCCUGAAGACAUCACAACGUUGAUCUUCGCCGAGAUUCUCGACAUUUUCGGCUUGUGGAAAGCUCUCGGUUUGCGAGUAGUUUGCAGUACGUUCCCAAUCCUCGUGUUUUGGUAAUCAUACUAAUUAGUGGCAGAGCUCUUCAAGGAAUCAAUCACGAAAGCAAUUUGCCACGACUACCAAACCAGCUCUCAUGGACCUGUCGAUGACGCGCUUGAGGUAUGUCUUAAGUAUCCUCCAAGCAAGUUGCCUCGCAUCGUUCCGCUUUUUAUACACAUAGAGAUAAAGCGUAAUCCGAAGCAAGCCGUUCUCGCACCCAUACAUCAAGCAUUACAAGCUACAAGAUAUCGUCGAAGCCACAGUGAUGAGGCCGAAACAGAGUUUGAAAUUGCCGUUUGCGAAGCUGCCGAGGAAAGCUUGCGGUGGGGCGCGAUAGGGAUCUAAAUGGUAGAAGAAAUAUACAUGUACGUGCACCAAGGCUAACAAAGUCGUCCGCCUCAUCUCAAACUACUAUUAUUGAAAGAGAUUUUGUUGAUACCAGUCAACUCGCAGAGAUACAAAAUACCCUGAGCGUGGCCAUCAUUGCUGACGAUGUUGCUUUCAUAGAAGACUUGUUUGAAACUUGGAAUUUAGAUGCUGAUUAUGACAAUCAGUUUUUGGGCGGCCGUUGCAUCUCGCAGCAGCGUGUGGGCGAGCCCACAUGAUUCAGAUUCUUCUCGAUAAUGGAGCUGACUUAAAUGCAAUUCAACCAUACUACGGCCCACAUUGGGCACCAAAGUUUGUACUAGAGAAGGAAAAGUUCAUCUGCUCUUCUGGAUGUGCUUUACGUGUCGCUGCGUUUAACGGUCAUCUCGAGUUCAUAAAAGUCCUUUUACAGCCCUGUUUUAAUUUAGCAUUGCCACUUCCUGAUGAAGAGCUUCGGAAUGUUAUUCGCGCCGCAGCUAGAUAUGGAAAUUUUGUUCAGAUUCUCGUAGAAGAUGGUGCAUCGCUACUAGCGUGCGAUAGCAGCAACACGGAUCCAAUAACUAUUAUCGCAUAUGCCCAUCACCACCACAUCGUGCGAUUCUUCCUCGAAGAAGUUGCACAUCACAGUGAGACGAAUGAUUGGGUUGAUAAGAGGUGUAAACAAGCGUUUAGCUAUGCUAUUGGAACCGGUGAUCUAGAAAUGGUACGACUCUUGGUUGAAGCUGGCUGUCCUAUCACCACUAAAUUCAGCGCGACUUGA